AUGAAGAAAACACAUCAAGCAGGGGAUGAGGGAAGCGGCAUGCAGGUGAACCGAGCACAGUGGCCUUUGUCAUCUCCUGGGGCCUGGUUGGGUGGAGACUCGCUCAUACAAAGGACGCAUGGACCCACAUGCAGCCGGCCACUGCUCCAGCAACAGUUUUUCCUCGCCUUGGACUCGGACAGAAAUCCCAAGCUCGCUUGCACUUGCGGCAGCUGCCCUCCUCCCACGGUCCCCCCUCAGUCGAAAUGUGAGAUUUUGCGCGAGGCCCGGCGCUGGGAGCUGCUCCCGCCUGUUGCAGCGAGCCCCGCAGCGCGGUCCUCGCACGCCGCGGCCUUCGACUCCGCCUCCGGGUCCUGGCUCCUUUUCGGCGGGGUGGGCGAAGGCGGCGGCCUCGGAGAGCUUUUCCGUUUACUGCAGCACGGGGGUGGGGUAGAUGUGGGCGACCUCUGGGCCUUGGACCUCUUCGAGGUGCCCUGGCAGCAGCUUUUGGAAGAGCUCUUCCAGAGGUGGCAGGAGGCAGGCCUGGAGCCCCUACCAGUGGUCCGGCUCUGCCUUGUGGGCAGGGGGCGUGCAGGCAAGACGACGACGCUCAGGCUGUGCCUGCUGUGCUCUGUGACAAAAGUGAUUCCCCGGACAAGGCGGCUGCAGGGCGAGGAGGUGCUGCCCAAUGAAGAGGCGUCCACAGCCGGCGUGGAGGUGUGGACGCGCGAGGUGCAGAAGGACGUUGCCGCCGACUCGUGCGACUGCACGUGGCAGAUGGCAGAAAGCUCCGUGCUCGAAGGGACGGCCGCGGCCGGUCUCAGAACCCAAGCAGAGGAGAGAGCUGCGGAGUGGCGCAUCCGGCAGGAGGAGGAGAGGUCGCAGAAGUUGCAGAGGUUGCGGCUCGCGCAUCAGCAAGCGAAGGAGAAGAAAGAUGAUAGCGCGGAGAGGCAGAAGGAGCAGGAGAAGAUGGAAGAGGGAUGGAAGGAGGGACGGAAGGAGGCAGAGGAGGAGCGGAAGAUCAAGCAGCAGCAUGAGGCAGAGGUGAAGGAAAAGGAAGCGGCGGCUCGGGAGCCUCAAGAGUCGCUGGGGGUGACUGUGGGCCCAGCACCUUUGGGCCAAGACCUCACGCUGCAGCUGAGCAGAAGACGCAAAGCAGACGGAGGGGGCGGAGGCGCAGGAGACUCGGAAAAUCCUGGGCCGCAGCUCCGGCUGCAGGCCUGGGAUUUUCCGGGCCAGCGUGAGUACGCGCAGCUGAACCUUCUUUACUUUACCUCGCAGGCGAUCUACCUGGUCAUGACUGACCUCAGCGGCGAUCUCGAGGAGGAAUGGGCACACCUCAAGUAUUGGUUGUGGGCCAUAGCCCAGGUUGCAAAGCAAGCUGAAAAGGAAGGCAAGGAGACCCUGCCCCCGGUGUUCCUGGUCGGAACAAAGUGGGACAGUCGCAAAGAUGGUGUCGACAAGUGGCUUCAGAAGCGUUUGGAGGCUUUUUUCCAGCAGGUCCCUGCCAUGCGGGAGCUCAUGCAGGAGGGCCCUGGCAUAGACAAGCUCCGAGAAGCGGUGACGGCCGCAGCCAGCGAGUCGUUCCUCCCGCGAUCCAGCGCCAAGGGCAAGGCAGUCAAGCCUCAUUGCGGGAUGAACUCAGACUGCUACCCCGUAGCUUGGCUGCGAGGCUAUGAGCUGCUGAACAAGCUGGGGGAAGGCUUCUCGGGCACAGCCUCCCAGAGGAAGCUCCUGCAGUGCCUGGAGAAGAUGCAGACUGAGCAGUCCUCUGAGAAUCCACCCCUCUGUCCCAAAUGCUCGGGGCCGGCAGUGGUGGCCAAGACGACGAGCUUCUUGGAGGUGAAGGGACUGGACGGCCAAGACUUGAGAGCACCUCCCGGUGCCGACCUUAGGGCGGCGUGCAGGACCUGUGAGGACAUCCACGUCACUCUGUCCGACGACUUCAUCAAGCUGGCUGAUGUGAAGGAGCUCCUGCAGGGCAUGCAGCCGAAGGGCCUCGAUCAAGGCGAAGUCGAGCUCCUCCUGGAACGGCUGAAUGCGUUGGGCACACUCAUCUGGUUCAAGGAACCAGGUUUGAAGAAAGAGGUCAUGCUGGCUCCUCGGAAGGUAGCGCUUGCUCUGACAAGCCUGAUGUUGGUUCGCUUCCGGCACGAUGGAAAGUGGCAGCAUUCCGAGGACUACAUUAAAAAGAUCGACGAGCGAGUUCAGAAGGCAGAGCAUGGAGACGUGCUCCGGUUCAGGACGAGCGGCGUAGCCACCCAAGAAUUUCUGGAGAUUCUCUGGCGCACGGAUUUCGAGCCACCCCAGCAGAAGCUGUUGCACGAGUUUCUUCUGAGGCGAGGGCUUAUGAACCAAGGCGCGGAGAAGCACCUCUUCAGUAUACCUUCAUGCCUCCCCCGGGCUCAGCUUCCAGAAGCACCAGUGAGGAAAGCAGACGAGGUCAUCUACGUGAACCUGGAUGGCUUCGUGUCCCCGAAUCUGUUUCCCGACUUGGCGGCGAUGCUCUACAAGCAAAUGAGUCUGAGUAUGGAGCAUAAGGAGGCCGAAGACGAACCGAAGGGUGAGCUGACCGUCAAACCCGGCCCGCCCCAAGUGUUCAGCAAUCGAGUCGAGGUGAGAGUAACAGCAGGUGGCGUGGCCAUGACCGUUGCCUUGUCGCUAUUCCCGCUGAGUAGCCAGAAGCUGCUGCGAAUCCACGCGAGAUCUCAUGGAAGAUCUCAUGAUGAAGAUCCCAAGGGCAACGAGGCUGCCAAAGCAGCUCAGGCGGCCUUAGAGGCUUUUCAUGUUGCCACUGGCUUCAACCUGGCUGGCUACAAGGCGCUACAAGCCUCAGACAGCGGAAAUGAAGGCAAGGAUGGCUUGGAGUUGGACUGGCAAGUUUCCAGCUCUUGUAAUCUGGAAGACCGCGACCUGUCUUUGUGGAGUGUUGAGGAGCUCGCGCGCAACAGACCGUGCCUUGAGGAGAAGUGUGGCCAAGACCUUCUUGCCCAACGAUGCACGACGUGCCGCUUGGCAAGGCUCCUAGCAGAACGCUUCGAGGCAGACCUUGGUGAGCGCCUGCAAAAGGUGAUACCCAAAGUGUCGAUUUGGGACAGCACACGCCCGGCAGGAAGCUUCCGAUUUCAGGUCGUCCGCUUUCCGGGCGACGUGGACCUGUCGGAGUACCUGAUCUUUCAGGCCAAAGACGAGCAAGAUGCCUUGAGACAGCUGGCUGAUCUGCUCCAGAAGAAGUUCAAGUCAUCCUGGACAGACCAGGCAGACCAGGGCUUGCACUGGGCCGGCCUGAAGACGGGAGACCCCAAAUCUGACAAAAAGAGCGACGACCUGCUGAAAUGGAGCCUCUCCGACAUCGAGGAAGGCUACAAGGGCGAGAUCUCGCUACAGGAAGCCCUCGCUUGCACUUCCCGAGACCGCACCGCCAAAAUCGACAUCUUCGCCAAGACCGACAUGUUCCAGAACGAGACCGCUGAACAGCGCUUCGUCGAGGUCACCAACGUCCUCUAUGUCGGGUACUUUUCUGCGGCCGGCGACGGGAUCGUCCCAAUCACAAGAGACGCCAACGUCAUCGAGUACCUCGGGGAAGGCCUCAGGGAUUACUCAGCGAAGCACCCGAAACCCAUGAAGUACGUGGGCUCCUCAGCAAGGGCUGUGCUGCUGUGUGUCAAACGUCUCUGGGAGCGAAGCGUUUUUUUCGCACAGCGUGGGUGGCAGCAAGAGGCGAAUGUGGCCAUGUUGGAGCUGCUGAAGCCCAUGUUGCAGGGAGCUGCGGCGGAGUUGUGUCAGCUAGCCGCGCAUGCUGAGACGUUGAUCAAGAUGCUGAAGUGCGAGACGCAGGCCACAAGAACGGAUGCGCUGCAGGACUUGCAGGACGAGGAGGCGGAAGCUGCCAAGGAAGCCUGCCUCUGCCUGGAGGAAAUUCGAAGCCUGUGCUUGGAGACCCACGUAGAUCCGAGCGUCUCAGAGGCGAAGGAUGCCCAGGCCAGAUCUAGACUUGCCAGAGAUCAGCUGGAGAUGGCGCAACGGAUCUUGGAAGGCACCGCCGACCUUCUGGUGAUCAACGCUUUGGGUGCCUUUAGCACCCCAGUGGCCUUGCCGUUGGGGAAAGACUGGCGCUUCCCAUCGGAUCACCCCCCCGUCGGAGCCACCGUCGCCGUGCCAGCGGAGGAGACAGAGGAGACGCUGCAUGUGGCGUCAUGGAACGUCCUGAACAAAGCCUACGUGAACCACAUUCAGGCGAACACGCAGGGGCUCAACGAGUCGCUCAUCUGUGACCUGCACAACACCGACGUCGAUGACGCAGGGGCGGAUGCGCGCGAGCGCAUGAUUGUCGGGAUGGUGCUGAGCAUGAUGAGCCGUCAAGUUGCGCCAGUCCACCUCCUCUGCCUCCAGGAAUGCUCGCAAAGCUUCCUGGCGUCGCUCCGGAGCAGCCUGGAAGCGAGUGGAAACCCUCACAGGCUUGCGCUGGUACGAGGCGGCGCGGAAGAUGACAAGAACCAGGAGGCACUGAUCUACAACGAAGCGAAGCUGACCUUCUUGAGCAACAGUGCAGAGGCCUACCCAUCUGACAAGAAGAAGGCCAGUUUCCGCGCAGCAAUUCUGGAAGCGAAGUUUCGGUUGAAGUCCUGCCACAGUCCGAUCCGCGUAGUGACCACGCAUCUGCCUGGGAAGCCUUUCGGUCCCGCUCGCCGGGAGUUCUGCAAGUGCCUCAAGACCAUGCUGGCGAAAGACAAGCAGCCAACUCUCCUGCUGGCAGACCUCAACUUCCCGGAGGAGGGCUCCUUGCUGCCGAAGCGGAUCGACAGCAUCUGCGUCAUCCCGGAAGGUUCCAAGAUCACGGCCGGGGUCUUCCGUGCACGUAAGGAUCCGACGGGUGCAAAGCCGCCAAAGCCCUGCGAACUGGCGGAAGAGCUGCUGGAGGGCUGCGGGGCAGCCGUGGAGCUUCUGGAGUCCAGGCAUGAGGAGCUGGAUGCGAAGACCUUGGCUGCCAUGCCUGCGAAGGCGAGCUUUCGCGCAGCUUUGAGCACUGGGCCCUCGGGAGCAGUGAGCGACAACGACGCCAGCCCCUUAGCGGGGAAUGCUGGCAGCGCUCUCCUCAAGGCCCAGCAACCGAUCCCCGAAGAGACCGAGAGCCUCCGACAGGCGCAGGCCAGCUCAGACGCAGCCAACUUGCAGGCCUACGCGGUCAUUGCGAUUCCCCUCACUGCACGGUUUCAGGGAUCACUAUGGGUGCGCCGGGUCAGAGGAGGCUCUGGCCGUCGGAUUGUGGAGUUGCUGUGCCGGUGGCCGAUGGCAGACCUUGCCACGCCAAACUGCCUGCUGCAGCUUCAAACGUGGGAGCGGGAGGGGACAGGGAGGAGACAGGGAGGGGACAGGGAGGGGAGGACCGAAGCUGGUCUGCGAAACAAUCUCUUCUUGCAGCCUCACCCAGUGAACCAAGUCGUUUCCAGUUGUCGAUUCAUCGAAAGUCUUGUGGCGUGGACGUUGGUCUUUGAAGCGCGGGUCAAGUAUGAUCGGCUGACAGACGCUGAUCGAUGCAGCCAGAAGGUUAUCAGAGCAUCUCCGUGUGUUCCAUUGCGCUUGCAGCUCCGUUGGUCCAUGAUUUUGUAUCGUUUUCCACUACUGUCCACGCUCCAGGAAACCGCCACCGGAAACGUGGUUAUCGGCGGCUGGAUGCGCUUGAUGCGCCUGCGCGAGAUGGCGCGAGAUGCAGCCUUGGAUGAUGCCCCUCGGACCAGAAAGCAUGUCAAUUUACAAGUGUACUUUGGCACAAGUUCUGGCGCAAUUGUGCGGCGUAGUGAAGCGGUGAACCACGCCGGCCUGAACGCGGGGUCCGGCAGUAUGCUCAAGAAUCUUGCCAUGCAGCUGACGCUGCCCGAACACAUCUGUGGGAAUGCGCGGUUCCCUCUGCCGUUCGAACGGGUGGCCUUGGAGAAGUGUGAAACAGGUGUGAUUGAGACGAAUAUGACGAACCCCGCCUGCUGCCCCCAGGAUAGACCGCUGGAGGGCGCCGAAGUGACCAUGGCCCCUUGCCUGCUGCUGCACAUGUACUUCCUCUUCGGGUAUGGUUCUGGGAAAGCGAGCAUCAAUUUGGGCGCCACCAAAUGCAAGGAGCGGACCGAGGCCGUAGCGCUCGCGCAUGCUCAGCAGGUAAAGGUAAGAGCAUUCGUAUAUUCUGUUCUGAUACAGGAGAGAAGCAAAGCCUUGGUCACUUGCAGAGGUCGAAUCGUUCAGCGCUUCCAGCGGCUGGAAGCCACUCGGGCGCCCGUCCUCUUGGCCUUGGACAACCUGGACCGGGGCCGGGAGGGGGACCCCAUCAUGGCCAGCGCGGAGGGUGCAGCAGAGCUGAGGAAGGUCCUGACGGAGCUGCUGCUCCGCACGGAGCGCCUCGAGAUCUUCCUGGGCGCCCGCGAGGCACGACUCCCAGAAGACGUCGUCCGCAUGUUCAAAGGGAGAAAGGGAGUGGUGGGCUACCCCCUGAAGCCCCUCAAAGCCAGCGAGGUGGCGGUCUCUGGCGCCAUGGCCUUGCUAUUGUCCUACAAAAUGCGCCUGAAGUUUUGGUUCGGGAACGCGGCGCGGCUCUUCCUGUCCGGGCUGACUUACUCCGCAAGCACGGAGAGAGCCAAUUCGCGAACCUGUGAGCCUUUUGCCAACUGGCAGAGCACGCCGCGGUCCCGUGAGGUGGAGGGUCCACAGGCCCCGAAGAACUUGGCUGCAGCAUACAUUGCUGCGGAUGAAGCGCUGCCACAUCGGUAUAGCAUGGAGUUGGGGUUGACUCCUUGCGCGCGUUGCAUGGCCCCGGUCGGCAAUCAGGGUCCUCCGUCUCUCCUUCCGCUGAUCAUGACGGCUCAGAACCGAGGCUCCAUCAGCGAUGCGGGCACUGGAUCAUUGUUUUGGGAGGAUGGGUGCUCAUGGGAAACGGUUACCCCGAUGCAUCACCAGUUUCAAGUUGGGCCCAAGAGGGGCAUCUUGGCCGAAUCCAGGUUUCAAGUUGGGCCCAAGAAGGGCAUCUUGGCCGAAUCCAGGUUUCAAGUUGGGCCCAAGAGGGGCAUCUUGGCCGAAUCCAGGCUUAAGAGGGGCAUCUUGGCCGAAUCCAGGUUUCAAGUUGGGCCCAAGAGGGGCGUCUUCGCCGAAUCCAGGUUUCAAGUUGGGCCCAAGAGGGGCAUCUUGGCUGGGCCCAAGAGGGGCACCUUGGCCGAAUCCAGGUUUCAAGUUGGGCCCAAGAGGGGCUUCUUGGCCGAAUCCAGGUUUCAAGUUGGGCCCAAGAGGGGCAUCUUGGCCGAAUCCAGGUUUCAAGUUGGGCCCAAGAAGAGGGGCAUCUUGGCCGAACCCAGGUUUCAAGUUGGGCCCAAGAGGGGCCUCUUGGCCGAAUCCAGGUUUCAAGUUGGGCCCAAGAGGGGCAUCUUGGCCGAAUCCAGGUUUCAAGUUGGGCCCAAGAAGGGCAUCUUGGCCGAAUCCAGGUUUCAAGUUGGGCCCGAGAGGAGCAUCUUGGCCGAAUCCAGGUUUCAAGUUGGGCCCAAGAAGGGCAUCUUGGCCGAAUGCAGGUUUCAAGUUGGGCCCAAGAGGGGCAUCUUGGCCGAAUCCAGGAGGGGCAUCUUGGCCGAAUCCAGGUUUCAAGUUGGGCCCAAGAGGGGCACCUUGGCCGAAUCCAGGUUUCAAGUUGGGCCCAAGAGGGGCAUCUUGGCCGAAUCCAGGUUUCAAGUUGGGCCCAAGAGGGGCAUCUUGGCCGAAUCCAGGUUUCAAGUUGGGCCCAAGAGGGGCAUCCUGGCCGAAUCCAGGUUUCAAGUUGGGUCCAAGUGGGGCAUCUUGGCCGAAUCCAGGUUUCAAGUUGGGCCCAAGAGGGGCGUCUUGGCCGAAUCCAGGUUUCAAGUUGGGCCCAAGAGGGGCAUCGUGGCCGAAUCCAGGUUUCAAGUUGGGCUCAAGAGGGGCAUCUUGGCCGAAUCCAGGUUUCAAGUUGGGUUGAAGAGGGGCAUCGUGGCCGAAUCCAGGUUUCAAGUUGGGCCCAAGAGGGGCGUCUUGGCCGAAUCCAGGUUUCAAGUUGUGCCCAAGAGGGGCGUCUUGGCCGUGAAGGCCACCGGUCUCUUAUCCGAGCCCAGGUUGCAUACCCAAACGAUCAUGCUGCUUGACAGGAACACAAGAGCUGCAGACGUCCAGGCGGUCAUGCUGAUGGAUGCUGCGUCGCAGUCGCAGUGUGGAGCCACAGAUCAAACUUGCCCGGGAAUCUUUGUGAUGGAGGCUCGCUGGCAGCUCUUAGAGCCCGCGGAGGGCGCGCCGCGGCCGGCGAAGCGGUAUGGCCACAGCGCCGUCGUCGACGCGGCCUCGCGGCGACUCCUCGUCUUUGGCGGCAACGGCCAAAGCUUUCUCGACAACCUGAACGACGUCUGGGCCUUCGGCCUCGAGGCGAAGGAGUGGGAGGAGCUGGGCACGGCCGGGCCUCGGCCCUCAGCGCGAGAAGGGCACUCCGCGAUCCUGGACCCCAGGGCCCGGGCGAUGCUCCUCUUCGGGGGCUUCGAUGGAUAUGGAUUUCGCGACGACGCCUGGGCCUUCGGCUUGGAGGACCACGGUUGGAGGGAGCUGCGGCGCGAAGGCGAGCUCCCUCCAGGAAGGGUGCUUCAUUCCGCCAUCUUCGACCCCAAGGGUGCGCAGAUGGUGGUCUUCGGGGGCCAAGGCGCCGGUUUCAGUGUUCUGGAUGAUGAUGUGUUCAUCCUGGAGCUCCAGGCCGAGCGCUGGGCGGAGCUGCGGCCCGAGGGCCGGCGGCCGGCGCCCAGGUAUUUGCACUCGGCCAGCUACGAGGAAGCGGCCCACGCUAUGCUGCUUUUCGGAGGAACCGAGGAUGGCAGCAACCUCUUCAGCGACCUCUGGUCCUUGGACCUGGAGGCAAAGCGCUGGGAGGAGAUCCAGGCCGCGGAGGGGCCCCCGGCGCGGUAUUUCCACACCUCCGCCUGCGCCGCCGGGCAGCUGCUGGUCUUCGGCGGUAAAAGUGCAGGUGGCCGCUUGGGCGACCUCUGGAUGUUCGAUCUCGAGGCCCGGCGCUGGGAGGUGCUCCCGCCUGUUGCAGCGAGCCCCGAGGCGCGGUCCUCGCACGCCGCGGCCUUCGACUCCGCCUCCGGGUCCUGGCUCCUCUUCGGCGGGGAAGGUGGGACACUUCUGGGUGACCUCUGGGCCGUGGACCUUUUCGAGGUCAUUCUGCAGAUGGCGUUCCGGAGGUGGCAAGAACACGGCGAAGAGCCACUGGCAGUGGUCAGGCUCUGCUUCGUGGGCAAAGGGCGCGUGGGAAAGACCUCGACGCUGAGGCGCAUCAAAGGGGAAGAGCUGCCCGAGGAGCAGGCGUCCACCUUCGGUGUCGCGUGCUCCGUUGCCGAGGUGCACGACCUGGAUGAAGAGUGGAGGCAGUGGGAGGGCAGAGUUAUCGACGAGGACAUGGCUCGCGCAGGAGUGAGGAAGAUACAGCAGGAAAUGAAGGCGCAGGAAGGGGCGGAGAAGCACACAGGUAACAAGGCCACGAGCGCGCAGACAGAGAAGAAGGACGACGCUUACGAGCCGUCGUUGAAUGCAGACGCGCAGAAUGGAGCUUCGGGCAAGAUCAUGUCAAGCACGUCAGCCGGGGAGGAUGCCACGAUUGACCCGCAGCAGCCCGAACAGCGACAGCAAAAUGCUCCUGAGCUUGGACUCAAGGGACAGCUCCCGCGGAUGCUCGGCCCGUCGCAGCUCAGCGGCGAGCUGGUGCUGGAGUUAUCUGGAGGGAAAGCACAGGAGGAAGCGUCCAGGCCGCAGCUGAGGCUGCAAGCCUGGGACUUCCCUGGGCAGCGCGAGUACGCGCAGCUAAACCUCUUGUACUUUACUGGGCAGGCCAUGUAUCUCGCGAUGUGUGAUUUGAGCGCUGACCCGGUGGAGGAGUGGCAAGACCUGAAAUUCUGGCUGUGGGCGAUUACCCGCUACGCCAAGACGGAGAGAGAGAAGGAGGGCCACAAGAAGAAGAGGGGAGGAGGGGGUGAGAGGUUUGAGGAGGCUGAAGAGCAGCCGAGGCCGCCGAUUCUGAUUGUAGGCACCCACUGGAGCAAGAGGAGGGAGGGCGCCGACGUUACCUUGCAGAAGCACCUGGAAGGUCUGGUGGAACAGCUGCCCAGCCUGAGGCGGCAGCUGCAGGAUGGCCCCGGAAGCUGUGAUGGCGAGGCCUGCCGCUGCAAGUGGCUGUUCCCUGUCGAAAACAAGGCCGAUUGCUUGGAGAAGUGCAAAGGGAUCGCCGCGCUCCGGAAGAAGAUCGGAGAGAUCGGCCAGGAGAUGAUUCUCGACAGAGCUCUGCAGCGCACGCCGGCUCAGCACGCCGGUAUGAACUCCAAGCGCUACCCCGUGUCAUGGCUGCGCGGCCACGACCUGCUGCGCCAGCUCGGCGAGGGCCUCGCCUGCACUGCCGCCAGAAAAGAUGUGCAAAGCUGCGUGGAGGAGGCCGGAAGAGCGGGAAAGCACCUGCAGAAGGAUGCAAGAGGAGCUGUCACUUUCCCUCUGCAGUCGCUGCUGGACGUCCAGUGCUCCGUUUGGGAGGGGUUGAAGGCACCGGCAGGCACUUCGUUGAGGGCUUGCCUCUUUGGAGAAGAGAGCGUCGCAGAGACCGUGGAGGUGAGCCUGUCCUUCGAUUUCCUGUCUUUGGAGACCGUGUCGGAGCUGCUGCAACGCAUGAGGCCGAAGCAUCUGGAAGGUGAAGAGGUGAAGAAGCUGUUGAGUGUCCUGCACUCUUUGGGCACCUUGGUGUGGUUCGAGGACGAGCACCUGGACCAGGUUGUGAUGCUGAAUCCGAGCAAGGCUGCCGAAGCGCUGACGGGCCUCCUGUUCGUCCGCUUCCGUGAGGAGUCACACUGGGAACACUCCCAGGAGUAUCAAGCAUACAUGGACGAGAAGAUAAGGCGUGCCGAUCCCGGCGACCUGCUGCGCUUCAAGGCCUGUGGAGUGGUGACGCUGCAGUUCCUGAAGCAUCUCUGGGCACAAGAGUUCCAGAAGGAACACGAGGCAAUUCUGCGGGAGGUGCUCUUGAGACGUGGGAUCAUGGUACAGCUACCCGAGGUGGAUCAGUUCAUGGUGCCCUGCUGCCUUCCAAAAGCCCACCUCUUGCAGCCGCCAGCGCGGACCGAAGACCUGCUCCUUUACGUGCACCUGGAUGGCUUCAUGUCCCCGCAUCUCUUUCCGAAGCUGGCAUCGAUCCUGUACAAGACAUUGAACUCUCCGGGGAGUGGUGCCGCGAGUCUGUCGCCAGGCCCGCCGCAAAUCUACAGCAACCUGGUGGAGGUCCGCACUGCGGAUGCGGCGGUGAACCUGUCGCUUUUCCCGAUCGGGAACCCGGAGUUGCUGCGAAUCCAUGCCAGCCACGCAGGCCACGCUGGUCAAGCCAGUCCGCAGGACCAAGAAGACCUGAAGCUGGCCUUGAUGUCGGCCUGGAGGAAGGCAUUGGGGAUCGAGUGCAAGGCGAUGAGGGAUGCUGUCGACGCACAAGACUUGUCAGAGUAUAGCGCGGGCAUGUCCUCGGGCAUCUUGCCCUGGCUCCAAGAGAUGCGCUCCGUGCGGUCAGUCGAUCACUUCGCAUCGCGAUGCCCUUGUGUGACCCGAGGCUGCAGAGUCUCCACUUUCUCCGAGAAGUGCAACCUCUGUCGAGGUGCAUGCUUGCUGGAGGAGCGCUUUCACGCGGAUCUAAGUGAUGAGCUUCGCAGUUUGAUCGCUGCAGUCUCCUUGUUCGAGCACACGCGGCCAGCAGGGAGCUUUCGCUUCAAGCAGUUCAACUUCCCUGGGGAUGUCGAUCUUGCCGAGUACGUGAUCCUGGAAGCUCGCGACGAGGCAGAGGCCCUGGAAAAGUUAGCCGCCGAGCUCCAAAAGAAGUUUGGAAAGCACUGGAACGAGGACUUGGCUAUUCACUGGGGUGGCCUCAAAACUGGAGAUCCACGCUCAUCAGACGAGGACAAGCUUCUGACUUGGAGCCGCGAAGAAAUCAGGGAAGGCUUCAAGCUGUGCCAAGAAGAAGGAGAGGAAGGUGGACAGAACGAGCAAAAGCAAGUUGAUCUGGUCGACGCCCUGAGCAAGGGCGCAAGAGGCCGCACCGCCAAGGUAGACGUGUUUGCCAAAACAUCCCUCUUCCAAGGGCAGCCGUGCUGUGCACAUCAGGUGCGAUUCUUCGAGGUGACAAACGUGCUUUAUGCCGGGUACAUCUGCACGGAGGACGCCUCGAGACAGGUGAGGCCUUUGACAAAGGAUGGCAACCAGAUCGAGUACCUCGAGAGAGGGUUGAAGGAGUACGCUGCGAAGCAUGCCAAGCCCAUGAAGUAUGUGAAGCGGCUUUGGGAGCGGAGCGCCUUCUUCUGCCAGCGCGGCUGGGAUCAGGAGCUCCACCUGAGCGUGCUGACGCUGCUGUGGCCCCUGCUGCAGCACUGGGCCGCCCAGCUCUGCCAGCUUGCCGCACAUGCAGAGGCCCUGGCCAGCAUGCUCAAGACGUCCCCGUGCCCACCCCCAUGCCCACCCUCAGCACCCAAGCCCCAGCAGCCCCAGCAGCACCAGCAGCCUCAGCAGCACCGGCCACUGACGCCCAAGCAGAAAGACGCGAUCGAUGACGUGGCCCAGCUGCGCGAGAGCUUGAAGGUGAUGCAGCAACAGCUAGAUGGCCCGAUGCACAACACGCAAAACUCCACAGAAGUCGAGAGAGAGGAGAAGGAGGAGGCCAGGACGUGUGUUCGCCAGUGUUUGGAAAUGCUGGAGCAGAAGGCCGCCUUCGAAGGAGAUGUGCGGACGGACAAAAUUCAAGAGAGGCUUGAGGUCGUUCAGGGCUUGCUGGAAGCCUGCUCAGACGUGGUGAUCAUGAACAAGCUGGGUUCCUUGCCCCACCGACUGGCAGCGCCAAUGGGCAGCAUGUGGCAGUUUCCAUCAGAUCACCCCCCCGUCGGGGCCACGGUCACAGUGAAUGAAGCAAAGCCGCUCCAUGUUGCAUCUUGGAACGUCUUGAACAAGAGCUACUACAAGUUCAUUGCGGAAGACACGCAGGGCCUCAACGGUUCGCUGAUCUCGGAACUACACGCUCGGGAAUCUCCAGAGUCCGCCGACCGAGCAGACGCCCGAGAGCACCGGAUUGCCGACAUCACGCAGAAGAUGCUUUGCCGUGAACAUUACCCGGUCUCCUUGAUUUGCUUGCAGGAAUGCUCGGCAGACUUUCUCCGCGUCCUCAAGAGGAGGCUUGGCGAAGUGGGGAUGCCGCGAUUUACGCUGCUGCAAAGUGGGCAGGACGACGACAAAAACCAAGAGGCUCUGGUUUUCGACACGGAGGUCCUGGAGUUGCUUCCCGGACCGAACAAUCCGAUCUGCCAUCGUGGCGAGGAGGCCUACGCAUCCGAUGAGAAGAAGGCCAUCAUGGAGGCAAAGUUCCGCCUGAAGGAGUCCCAGACUAAUUUCCGCGUGGUGACCACGCAUCUGCCCGGAAGACCUUAUGGACCUGCACGUGAGCAGUUUUGCAAGUGCGUGGCACGUUUGGUGAACCGCGACACAGACAAUCUUCCCACAUUGCUGCUGGCUGACUUGAACUUUCCCGAAGAGGCCGUGAAGUCCCUCCUUCGCUUCCACGACGUGCGUGCGACCUUCGUGGACAUCCCGUAUCCGACGAACAUCUGCCCCGCAUCGCUGCUCCCGAAGAGGAUCGACAGCGUCGCCACCAUACAAAGCAAACAAGGCAACGGUCGCAUUCGUGCGAAGGUCUUCUGCGGUGGCCUCAAGGACCCCCAGAAGGUGAUGGCAAAGGAAGUUCUCGAGGAGCUGCUUCCGGGGUGCAAAAGCCGGGAAGCCAUCGAGCUCUUGGAGUCGAGGUCCCUGGAGCUGGAUGAGAACCUGCGACGGCUCCGGCUCCCUGGGCCCGAAGCGGAACCUUUGCCCGACCAGGAGGCGGAUGGACACCACCCCCGACCUCAAGCGCCUUCCCAAGCUCCCAGGGAGGAGGUGCAAAGCGCGCUGAAGGAGGAAGUGAACAGACUUGCACAGGAGCUCGCCACGCUCAAGGCCGAGUUCGAGCACUUGAAGAAGCAGGGCACAGAGAAGGCAGAGGAGGCCAAGCACUCCUCUGCAGCCAGUUCCGAGGAAAUCGACACCGGCAACGUGGCCCUCGGCGGCUGGAUGCGCUUGGCGCGCCUGCGCGAGAUGGCGCGAGAUGCAGCCUUCGAUGAAGCUACUUAUAGGCCUAUCCGCAGGCCUGCGGGUAGGCUGCCGGUCGGCCUACCCGUAGGCCUACGGGUAGGCUACAGGCAGGCCUACCCGUAG